AAGUCUAAACCCCCCAAACCCACGCAGACCAUCAUCAGUAUCCCCACCAGUCUCCACUGCCGAUGGCGCUGUGCUCUCACCGUCUCCGCCGUGCACUUUCUCUCUCCUCCUCUCUACUCCACCAACACCACAACCACAAACCCCUCUCUUCUCCCCACGCACUCUCCACCUCAUAUUGUCUCUCUUCCACCACCCAAUGCCCUAGCUUCACUCCCCCUCUGCUUGAGCAUCAUAUCCAAAACCUUUCGUUUCAAUCCAGACUAUUCAGGUCGUCUACGAUUUCAUUACGACGUCGAUACGAUGACGACAUCGAAGCGGACAAGAUUGGGCCCGAUACGAUUCUAUUCGAAGGAUGCGAUUACAAUCACUGGCUCAUAACCAUGGAUUUCCCAAAAGACCCUAGACCUUCACCGGAAGAGAUGGUCGAGACCUAUGUCCAAACCUGUGCCAAAGUCGUCGGAAGUGUGGAAGAGGCAAAAAAGAAAAUCUAUGCUUGUAGUACGACGACUUAUAAUGGGUUUCAGGUUGAAUGCUCUGAGGAAAUGUCUGAAAAGUUUAAAGAUUUACCUGGUGUCGUAUUCGUGUUACCUGAUUCCUACAUUGAUCCAGUAAAUAAAGAGUAUGGAGGGGACAAGUACAUUAAUGGAACAAUCAUCCCUAGGCCACCCCCUGUCCAAUAUGGGAGGCAAGGGGGAAGGUAUAAUGAUCGAAACAGAGAUUUCAAUCGACAAAACUGGCCAACAAAUUUUGUUCCACCACAGCAGAAUUAUGGUUCACCGAGGGCACCUCCACAGCAAAAUUAUGGUCCAGCAGGGGCACCUCCACAGCAGAAUUAUGGUCCACCAGGGGCACCUCCACAGCAGAAUUAUGGUCCAGCAGGGGCACCUCCACGGCAGAAUUAUGGUCCACCAGGGGCACCUCCACGGCAGAAUUACGGUCCACCAGGGGCACCUCCACGGCAGAAUUAUGGUCCUCUGGGGGCACAACAGAAUAUUCCUCCACAGCAGAACAAUGGUCUACCAGGGGCACAACAGAAUAAUCAACAUCAGCAGAAUUUCGGUCCACCGGCAGCACACCAGAAUUCUCCACUGCAGCAGAAUUAUGGUCCACCAGGAACAGGCGAAAGAAGAGAUCCAAUGCCUUCAUAUCAGCCAAAUUACAAUCAACGGGAGCAAGGAAAUUAUUAUCCCCAAGGACAACAGGAUUUCCCACCAGCAGAACAGAGAGGUUAUGUACCUCCUCAGCAGAGAGACUUCAGGGCAGACAAUCAGAGCUAUGCAGCUUCACAAGGUGGAAGUUACAAGCAAGGUGGAACCUUUGGGCUAGGAGUGGGUGAAGUUCAGGGGCAAGGGAUGGGUACUGGCUAUGGGCAGGGAGAAGAUCAAAGGUUCUCACAGGUGGAGCAGAGGAAUAACACUCAAGGGGAGCAAAGGAAUUAUGCAGCUAUGGGGAAUACAGGGACUGACCAAGGUCGAUACUGAGAAGAGUCGAGCAUUUCUUUGAGCUGAUGGAUAAGGGAUGCUGGAAAGCCAUUGAAGGUGACGAGAACACUCAAUAUCUUCAUCUAUGCUGGCGUGUGUCUGUGAGUUUGUUUGCUUGGAGAGAGACAGAGAGAGAGAGAGAGAGCUUUGUAGAACCAUUAUUGUGCCAAUGUUUCCGCCUGGUAAUUUUAUAUUGACUUGUCUAGGUAAAUAAUCCCCUUUUGUUUCUGAUUAUGCGAGUGGUGAAUCGGAAAUUUAUAAUCUCAGCAUUCGGGUCCUGAUGUUGCUGCUGCUGAAUUAUGCACCUCAGGG